AUGCACCAAGGGGGGCUACGCUUAUGCAUGGCGAAAGUCCCGCGAGUUUCACAGACAGCCCUCACCCAGAGCAACCAACGCCCCAUCGACCCUCAUCCUGAACACCUCCUUCCAACGAUGGCCGAGCGAAAACGUAAAUGGGACAGCGGGCCGGACGGCAGUCCGAACACCAAGCCCAAGUUCGCCGAGUCGGCUUCCACCCACCCCGCCGGGACCGAGACCAGCUCGGAGACGACUGGGGCGGCUGAUGCCGCGGCUGCGAUCGCUGCCCGGAUCGCCGCCCAGUACGCACCCACGCCGACUAAGGCGAAAUCCAGCGAACCGCCGAAGUACGAGAAAGACAAACCGGAAGUGAACGAUCCGGAAUUCGUCAAGGACAUCGACAUCAACGACCAACGGAACCGGUAUCUGCUGACGAAAGGCCCCACGCAAGCCGAAAUCCAAGCCGAGACGGGGUGCUCAGUGACGACGAAGGGCCAAUGGUAUCCUGACCGAACGAAAGCGCAGGAGCGGGACCCGCCGUUGUAUCUCCAUCUGACGGCCACCAGCCAAGAGAUCCUGGCCAAGGGGAUCGCAAAAGUGAACGAGCUGAUCGAGCAAGACCUUGGCCCCCUGACCGAAGCGCCGUUCGUCCAUCAGCGCAGGGAGAGAAGGGAGCCGAGGGAGCGCCAGAAGUGGCCCGAACAUAAGCUCGAGAUCGGGCUCGAGAACCUGCGCAACUUCAACGUCCGAGCCAAGGUGGUUGGGCCCGGGGGCAUGUUUGUGAAAUAUAUCCAGACGGAGACUGGGUCGAGGGUGCAGAUCAAGGGUGUUGGGUCUGGCUUUUACGAGAGCGACACGGGUGCCGAGUCGACGGAGCCGAUGCACAUCAACAUCACUGGUCCGGACGACACGCAGAACAUCAAGGCCAAGGAGCUGGCGGAGGAUCUGCUGGAGACGGUGAAGGAGAAGUGGGCGGAGGCGAAGGCGGUGAACGACCAAGCGCAGGCGCAGUACAACACGCCGAUCGUCAACCAGCCGAUGUACAUGGGCUUUGGCGGCGUCCAGCAGGCGCCGGGGAUGAUGGGCCAGAUGGCUCCGCACGGAGAGACGCAGGACUACUCGGCCUACUAUGCGCAGUACUACGCGCAGCAGGCGCAGACGAUGACGGCUGAGCAGCGGGCAUACUACAACUCGCCCGAGUACACCGCCUGGUACCAGCAGUAUCUGCAGUACCAGCAGCAGGCCGAGGAUGUUGCGCCGCCGCCGCCGCCCGAGCCGGCGCCCGAGUCCGCCUCCGCCUGA